UUUGGCCGAAGGGCUGCCCAGUGUUCUUGGAAGAGGGAAGAAGAGAGGGAGACUAUAUCGUCUUCUGACCUUUGGGUCUUCAACUUCUUGAGUAAGCUACAUUUUAACUUUACAGACUACUUCUGGUGUGGUGUAAUGGGAAGAGCUAGCUGAUCUUCUACACUUGAGGGUAACUUUUUAUGCUUGAAAGCUUGAGGGUUGGCCAGACAGGAGCAAAGCAGAAUAAUGAAAAGAGUGAAGAACUUUUCUAAAUAUAACAGGAUCAAAGUUUAACAUGGCAAAACUAUAGUGCUCAAAAUGAUGGAGGUUCUCUGUUGAGGGAGGAAAGACAGACAAAGGGACAACCAACUCAGAAAGCAAUGGACUGAUAUGAAGGGGAGAAAGAUCAGCCGACUGGACCUUCAGCCCUCCAGCUCUACAUUGGCACCAGGAGCAUUGGGGGAAGGAGACUUUGCCUGAAAGAUGCCACAUUCCUGCAGCACUGAGAAUAGCAGAACAGUCUCCAUCAAGGUGGCGAGGAUAAGUGGCUGAAAGACGAUGUGCCCACAUCCAAAGCGUCUGGAGGUUCCGGGCCUGGCAGCCGAGCCCCUAUUGGACUUGGGACAGCAGGUGUAACUUGGUGCAGAGCUCAUGAGUGGAGUGUGGCUUUCUCCAGCCCUUUCCUUUACCAGACUGGUUGGGGUUUUGGAUUCUAAAAUGAACUGGUAAAAAGGUGAACUGGCAGAAAUGGAAAGAAGCCCCUAGAAGCUUCUAGAAUUCAUUGACUGAAUCCCCUCAUACUGCUCAGAGCACAGAGGGAAGCUGUGGACCCUCCUAAGUAAAGCCACAUAGCUCAGCAAGCAGCUCCUGCAUUUGAGCCAGGCAGCGCCUCAGGUAACAAAGGAUUCAGAGUCGGGGAGUUGCUGCAUAUUGUACUGUGAUCCAUGGUGAUAGAAGAUAAGGAUACUGGCUUUUUCUUCUAAUAUGCCAGAUUUGAAAGGAGCAUGAGCCAUUUCAAGCAUCUAGGAAGGUUCAGGAAGUUGGUAGCAGCCCACCCCCCAGUGCGGGUGAGAACGGCCAGUGCAUCCAGCUGAGCAGACCAGUGAACAAAAGGACCUGUGCCAUUCCUUCUUCUGACCGCUGACAGCAGUGACCUCACCAAGAGCAAAAGCAUCCCUCUGCUGUGAGACUUGACAGAAUGAGGUGUGCCAGGGAAACCACUGGCUGGAGCUCAGCCUUUCCUGACUGCCCCUGCAUCCCACAGCCUGCCCCAGACCACUGAGUCAACCAUGGCUGAGAAAGGUGACUGCAUCGCCAGCGUCUACGGAUAUGACCUUGGUGGCCGCUUCAUUGACUUCAAACCCCUGGGCUUUGGGGUCAAUGGGCUGGUGCUGUCAGCUGUGGACAGUAGGGCCUGCCGGAAGGUAGCCGUGAAGAAAAUCACGCUGAGUGAUGCCCGCAGCAUGAAGCAUGCACUCCGGGAGAUCAAGAUCAUUCGGCGCCUGGACCAUGACAACAUAGUCAAGGUAUAUGAGGUAUUGGGACCCAAGGGCACUGAUCUGCAGGGCGAGCUCUUCAAGUUCAGUGUGGCCUACAUUGUCCAGGAGUACAUGGAGACUGACCUGGCACGCCUGCUGGAGCAGGGCACUCUGACCGAAGAGCAUGCCAAGCUGUUCAUGUACCAGCUGCUGCGUGGGCUCAAGUACAUCCACUCUGCCAAUGUGUUGCAUAGGGACCUGAAGCCCGCCAACAUCUUCAUCAGCACAGAGGACCUUGUGCUCAAGAUUGGGGAUUUUGGGUUGGCAAGAAUCGUUGAUCAGCAUUACUCACACAAGGGUUAUCUAUCAGAAGGGUUGGUGACAAAGUGGUACCGCUCUCCACGACUGCUCCUGUCUCCUAACAACUACACGAAAGCCAUCGAUAUGUGGGCAGCCGGCUGCAUCCUGGCUGAGAUGCUCACAGGAAGAAUGCUAUUCGCUGGGGCUCAUGAGCUGGAGCAGAUGCAGCUCAUUCUGGAAACCAUCCCUGUGAUCCGAGAGGAAGACAAGGAUGAGCUUCUCAGGGUGAUGCCGUCGUUCGUCAGCAGUACCUGGGAAGUGAAGAGGCCGCUGCGCAAGCUGCUCCCUGAAGUCAACAGUGAAGCCAUUGAUUUUCUGGAGAAGAUCUUGACCUUUAACCCCAUGGACCGCCUAACAGCUGAGAUGGGGCUGCAGCACCCCUACAUGAGCCCGUAUUCAUGCCCGGAGGACGAGCCCACCUCGCAACACCCCUUCCGCAUUGAAGAUGAGAUCGACGACAUGGUGCUGAUGGCUGCCAGCCAGAGCCAGCUCUCCAACUGGGACAGGUAUCCAGUGAGCCUGUCUUCAGAUCUGGAGUGGCGGCCAGACCGGUGCCAGGACGCCAGCGAGGUGCAGCGGGACCCACGUGCGGGAUCAGCGCCCCUGGCCGAGGAUGUGCAAGUGGACCCACGCAAGGACUCGCAGAGCAGCUCCGAGCGCUUCCUGGAGCAGUCGCACUCCUCCAUGGAGCGUGCUUUCGAGGCUGACUACGGGCGCUCCUGUGACUACAAGGUAGGGUCCCCGUCCUACCUGGACAAGCUGCUGUGGCGCGACAACAAGCCCCACCACUACUCGGAGCCCAAGCUCAUCCUAGACCUGUCACACUGGAAGCAGGCAGCCGGCGCACCCCCGAUGGCUGCGGUGGCAGCAGACGCAGUGGCACGGGAGGAUGAGCCAGCCAGCCUCUUCCUGGAGAUCGCACAGUGGGUCAAGAGCACGCAGGGUGGCCCCGAGCACUCCAGCCCACCACCUGAGGGUUCUGAGCAACACCUCUCUGCCUCGCCCCCUGGUCAGCCAGCCCCAAACGAUGGCGGUGCCAGUCCCCAGUUUGACCUGGAUGUGUUCAUCUCACGGGCCCUGAAGCUCUGCACCAAGCCAGAGGACCUGCCAGACAAUAAACUGGGUGACAUCAAUGGUGCGUGCAUCUCUGAGCACCCUGGUGACCUCGUGCAGACAGAGGCCUUCUCCAAAGAAAGGUGGUGAGCCCAGAGGGGUUGCUGGAGAACUCCCCGAGCAAGAGGCCUGGUCGAAGGAGGCCUCCAGGCCUCUGCCAUCCCCCACCACCAUCCCCAGCACCCCUUCCACCCAUCUCUGCUGCCUUGGGGUUAGCAGAGCACAGGAGGAUCCGAGGAGGGAGAGGACUGUCCAUUUCUUAAACUGCCUUAAUAACUAGCCUUUAACCUCUGGGAGCAGGGUUUGAACAGAGCCUGACUGGGAGCUAUCACUUUCCCAGCAAAGGGGAGGCCUGCAUUUUAUAAGUGACAAUGUACUUAUACUGAGGAAAUAGGUCUUGGACAGCCAUCUAACACCCCCUACUUCAGUGUCAGGUGCAGAAGCAGGUUGCAGUCAUAGUUUCUAAGCCAUGUGAAACACCCAGUCUAAACUGGACCCAGAGAAACAAAGUGACUGGCUGAGGAUCACAGGCCUAGCAAUUGUCAGGGUAAGCUCUGAAACCCAGGCUCCCUGGGCGGUGUCUGACCAUAGUAUGUCUUCCUCCACUGGAGUCACUCUGGCUUUUUGGUUCGAGAACUUGGUCCAACAUGCUUCUUUCUUAUCCAUUAACAUUUGCCCCAUACAAUAUCCUUUUAUUUGGAGCAAUGUUUCUUGUAUUCUGAAACUGGAAACUGAACCAGUUUCUUUCUCCUAGUCACCCAGCAUAUUUUCUCUGGUUCCCUAAGUACUUAAAUGUCCUCACCUGCCGCCUCCCUGUUUUUGCCUCAGCUCUGCAUGGUCCGAAGUUAUUGCUUCAGACUGGAGCAGUUUGGGGUCUGCUGGUAAGUUCAGUUAUCUCCCAGGCCUGUGCAUUCAGCUUCCUCCUGCAUGCCCAAUGCACUUUCCUGACACCAAGACACAGUCCCCAUUCCCCAGUGGAUGUCGUUGUACAAGGGUGAGUUUGAAGACAACAAUUCCAAUAAUCCCUCUGAUCCACCCCCAGAAUCUCACCCACCCCACCCCUCCAUACAGCUCCUCUCCAAGCCUACCUCGGGACCAAAUGUUCUUGGCACAAAUUGCUCAUUUGUAAGAAAAAACAAUAAGGUGCCUGCUAUAGAGCAGAUGAAUUAGGAGGGAAGGUAUUGCAGAGGACCCAUCUAACUUCAUUAAUGCUGCCCUUGAUUUUGAGCAUCCAUUUAGUCCUGGCCAAGAACAGUCCCUAAAGAAAUGCACUGGACAAGGAACCCAGAAAGAUAAGCUAGGUGUUAAAGAAGGGGUGCCAACCUCAAGUGUCCUGAGGAGUCAGGCACUGACAUGGAAACCCCAUGAUAAAGAAAGGAACUCAAAGCAACCACGCCCCUCAUAGCUUAGGCUAAGAUGAACAUCCCUCUACAGAAGCAUAGACUGGGGACACCAAUAGCUCCCAGUCUGUCCCUGAACACUUUGCCAUUUCUGCCACUGUUCUAUCCUCACAUGCCCCCGGCCAACACCCCAAAGAUACCCACAGGAAGUCUAACAGGUCUGUUGGGAGAGGAUCCCUGGGUUUGGGCUGUGUUUACCCUCACUUUGCAGCACCUUAAAUCUAGCAAACUAUGAUUUGUACAUUGAAACUGUCAAUUCAUUAGAAAGUUAUAUUUUAAAGCAGAAUUAAUCACACUGACCAGUUUUUAAAUGGAAAAUAUGUAAAUAUGAAAUGUUUAGGGUUUUUUUUUCCUUUAAGAAAACAUAAUGCAUACCACUCCUCAUGUGCCACUUUGUCCUCAGAUGGAGGCUUUACUUUUUGAGGAGAGCAGCAAUCUGACUUGACCAGGAGUUCACUGAGAGUUGUUAUUACAUCAGAAUUGUUAUAACUAAUCAUGUUCAUAAAAGAAUCUAUUAGACUUUAUUAAACUUGAUCAGGAUGAGCCAAAUAAAGUUUUAU